AUGCAUCUCCCGCGGCCGUUCAAGAACCCCCACUACACCAAGAACGUGAACCGAAGGACGAAGAACCUCAAGGCUGUCCUCACGCACGAGCGGGACCGAGAACGGGCGGACCGGGAGAGAAGACGACAAGAGAAGGAGGACGCGAUGGAGGUAGACGGCGAGCCAGGAGACAGCACGCCAGAGGAAGAGAUGCCGACUUACGCUUCAAUCGAGGCGCCGCCAUCCCUCCUUCCGCAACGACGGUACUGUGACAUUACUGGGCUCGAGGGGCCAUACACGGACCCGGCGACGGGUCUACGAUAUCACGACAAGAGCGUCUACGAACUCAUCAAGGGGCUGAGUGCCGCUGCGGCAAAGGACUAUUUGGCUGCCCGGGGCGUCAACCCGAUUGUCAAAUGA